AUGGAGAGCCAAGGCCCGUCAAAGGCAAGUGAGGAUACUUUAAGCGAAAAACAAGAAACAUCAGCAUUAAAGGACGAACUCGUCCAGUUAGUGUCCUCCCAGGGAUUUGAGAGGACACUUGUUGAGCAAACAAUUGCUCGUUUACAAAAUGAGGGUUUUACGAUUCAAAAUACUCCAAAGGCUGUUUUAGAAGUAAUCAGUAGUAAAAGUAGAGAACGAAGUACUGUCGCGCUUACAAAGAGCCGCUGCAGUUCCGAGCAUUCUCAGUGUUUUAAGCGGUCUAACCAAGUGCGAAUCUUGUUGUUCGAUGAGCAUUUGCUUUGCAUCUUGUGCGAAAACAUCAUCCAUUCGAUCCAAACUCCCAAUUUGAAGCCUUCUGUAAUGGCCUAUUUUUCCCUCUUGUUCGCUAUUUCGGAAGAAGGCAGCUCUUCCAUUUUUGAAGGACUUUUCUCUCUUUCCCUCCUUCCAUUUCCCAAAGACAUUUCUCUCUCUCAAAUCCUUCCCACUUUUGUUCAUUCCCUUCUCUCCACCCUUCCACCCAAGCCUUCUCUUCCCUCUCCACCAAUCUUGUCCUCCCCCACGAAUCCCUCUUCCCUCCAAAACUCCUCUCCUUCCCACCAAACCAAACUCCAAUCCGAAGAAAUCAUGCAAAUGAUUCAAUUCCUUCACGAAGCCGCACCUCGUUCCACCAAUUUCAAACAAUCCGAGCCGGCUUCGGUCGGCUUGCCGCACGAUCGCGAAGUGUUUCAGCGAGUGCGGGGAAUGCAGGAGAAACGGCGCGUUUUACUGGAAAAACGGCGUCAAAUCGAGCGGGAAUUGGCGGAAUUGGAGAUCGAAUUGAACGAGCUUGCGAUGGAGGAGUCGAAAGCCAAGGCCACUUUUGAAGAGCAGUUGCAAACAACCGUAAAUUCGAUGUUGACUGUUUUGAAAAAGGAGCAAGCAACGAAAGGCGACGCCUCGUUGCUGGGCGUGCAGUCGAAAAUCCUUCAGCAAACCCACCAAUUCGCACUUAUGGCAGUGAAGCAAAUUCGGCACAUUCGAUCGGAAAUCGAUCAAAUUCGCAGAGAACUCGAACAGAACGAGAAGGAGCGAACGAUUCUGCAGACGCUGAAAUUGAAUCGAAAUCUCGCAGAGAUCGAAAAAGCGAAACAGGCGAACGAAGUGUUGAUCCAGCGAUGGACGCGCGAAGAGCAGGAUUGUGUGUCGAAAUGCUCGCAGAUCGAGCGGGAAAUCGCAUGGCUUGCUUCCCACUUUGAUUUGUACAGACCGGACCAGGAGCAUCUCGCACAUAUUUAUUCCCUGUUCAGUUUGCACGUGGAAAGGGUUUAG